AUGAAGUGUUGGACUGUCACCAAAAAUGAGGAAGCUCUACGAAGACCAACUGAAAUGAGAAUGCUGAGACAUAUCCUCCAGGUCUCAUUAAAAGAUAUAAUCAGGAAUGAGGUAAUUCGCAGCAGAUGUGGUAUCAAAAAUAAAGUAGAAAAAGUCCAAGAGGCUAGACUAAGGUGGUUUGGUCAUGUGCUGAGGAGACAGGAUGAAGAACCCUGCAGGAUGGCUUGGACCCUGAGUGUGGAGGGUGACAGAGGUAGAGGGAGAGCGCAUCAGAGCUGGAGCGAUGACAUCAAGGAGGACCUCGAGGAAAAAGAAAUAGCCAAAAGAGAUGUGGUGGACAGGUUUAGGUGGAGGAGUGCAACCAAAGCAGCUGACCCCAGGACAGUUUGGGACUAA